CCGGUUCCCAUGGUGGUUAAAAUCAUCAUCAGAGAUUACAGUAACACUCCACUAGCAUCUGCGUUUAUUCUUUUUGCUCCCCUUCCAGUUCUGCUUUCGUCGUCGUUUAUAACAACUUCACCAUCUCGCUCUUCUCGAUUGCUCCUUGGCUUUGUCUCAAUAUCGACGCUCUCGAAACCAUGAAACUCACAAAUUUCAUUGCAAGUUUCUUCCAUAGUCUUUGAAUACUGUCUACCGUUAACCCACUCUAGGCUCCCUUGCUCUUCGCUACUUGUGUCAUUGCGAUCCCCAUGCUCGACGCCAAGCCUUCAGAUGUCGAGAAGCGUGACAGCGAUUACCGGAGUCACUGUCUACAUCUCGCGCAAUGGCCACGGUAACGAAGCUAGUUUCCGUAUCUUUGGAGGCAUCCGCAUCCUUACUCAGUUCCGCGACUGGUUUACAUCGUCCGGAAUUGGACCACACGUGACCAAGGCCUUCUAUUCAAACUUGAAGCCUGUAAUUAGGGGGGCUGCGCGAGCCAUCGAUGCCGGAACGCUCGUUACUGGCUUCCAGGGUCUAUACAAGGACACGAACCAGCUACUUUACGGCGUAGUGUCCUUGCCACCGGCCCCAGCCUACGACGAUAUGGCGGCUUGGUGGGCCGUGGUGAACCCUAUCAAAACGGCCAUCAGCAUCUACGUCGCGGAAAAUGUGCACACGAACGUCGUAUUCGUCAUUGUCGAUGAUGCAUUUAUAGCCGGAGGUGGAGCGGUUACAAGCACUAAAAGGUCCAUCUCGACUCGUGUCCCGGCGGAAUUCAUGAGGAGGCAAGCACCCGACGUGUGCGGCGGGUACGAUCUCGUCAGUUUAUUUUCAAAUGACGUCGUGUAUGAUGAUAGCUCGCCGGUUCAUUUGGCAUAA